AUGCUUGGCCGCGUUGUAUUUUUCACGUCAUGUGCCACUAUAUUCACAGGAACAGCUUAUGUUGUUGGUAUUGCCCUUACUCCCCCUCCCUCCUAUACUGUAGGGAAUCACCAACGGAUCGAGCGAUAUAAUGAUCUCUCACAUGAAAAUAUGUACGAUAAGAAAACGCGCGGACAGGAGUUUUAUCUGGGCAUCAGUCGCUGGCGACGACGGCUGCUGCGAGAGGAGGGAUUGGUACAUGGUCGUGUCUUGGAGGUUGGGGCAGGAUGUGGUGGAAUUGUGGCAUACUACGACGCACUUCUGCAAACUCCAAAUACAACAUCUAGGACGACUAAUGAAGGUGAAAAACUAACUGAUACGAGCAAUAAAGGUGUAGUAGAAGUAGUAUUAAGUGAUCGCUCACCGGGUAUGGUAGAGUCAGCUGCCCUACAGAUUCAUCGGCGUUAUGGAUAUUGGCCCUACCGUUAUCCCGACUAUGACAUUGAUGGCAUUCUUGAUGCAGUGAAAAACUCACGUGCAGCGGAGGGGGGAACCACUGAUUUGGGUGUCUCCGCAUCAGGGAGCCAAAAUGGGGAACACCAGCGUCCUGCAGGAGGUGGCGUAAUAAAACGUAAGAUUCUUCACGGUGAUGGUACUGUUGUGGAGGUGCUCUCCACACCACUGAGUGACGAUAACUCUAAUUUGGUAAAUGGGACAGUAGCCCCCAUCCUGCAAGGUACUUUGCCUGGUAACGCUUUGCCUCUUCUUUCUAGUGAAGGAUGGACAGAACUGAAGCGACGCGAUGCUGAGAAAGGGAGAAUAGAUCAGACAACGUCAGGGGAUGAACAAAGUAAGCAAAUUUUUGCCGUUGCAAACUAUGCUGCUGAGCAAUUACCCUUUGCCGACAACAGUUUUGAUACUGUUAUUGACAUGUUUGGACUUUGUAGUUUUGAUGAUCCCGUUCGUGCGCUUCGGGAGAUGUCUCGAGUCUGUAAACCUAGUGGAAAUCUUCUUUUGCUUGAACAUGGCAAAGGUCGUUGGUCGCGUAUGAACGAUUAUCUUGACAAGUGGGCACCGAACCAUGCAAGAAAGUGGGGUUGUUGGUGGAAUCGUGAUAUAAGAAGGUAUCUGCGACUAGCUGGCCUGAGAGUUGUUAAAACUGAAGAAAAGCAUUUUGGAACGUCACAGUACAUUGUAGCAAAGCCAUUCAAGUCAAUGGAUGAAUGGGAUGCGUAUCGUUCAACUUCUAUAAAAAAUUGA